AUGAAUCAGAGCCAUGUCGUUUCUAGCCACGAAGUAGCCAUCUCCGGUAGUAAUCUAACACCUGAAUUGCUAAAUUUAACCUUAUCGCAAAACGAUGCCAUUAUGCACGAUAUAGGAGCUAAUAUUAUUCUUGAGCGUGAAAAGAGAAAUGCCGGGAAAAAUUAUGUAAUAGAAGGCGUCAAAGUUCUUAAUGAAGCAAGGUUCUCCAGUUCCGAUGAAGUUAUUUCCACUAUAAAUAAACGGCAUCCUGAGGUUCAAGCUAGUGGAAACGAAGAUGCUUCGUACAAACGCCAAAGUCUCCAAAUCGAAAAAGUAAAUAAUGAACCACCACGAACACCUGAACACCAAAUAUAUCAACCAGAACAAAAUCAACGUCGAACGAGAACUGGAAAAAAAGUAGGUGGUUAUUAUGAAUUAGGUUCCAAUUUAUCUGAAGAAGAUGACGAUUACAACAAAGAUAAUGUAGAAAAUAAAAAGACGGGUCCGUUCCCCCUCACUGAGGAACACCGACAGAUAAUUGAGCAAACAUUUAAUGGUAUGAAAAAGGAAAGAAUGUGGAGACUUUCAACAGGAAAAUAUGUCGAGGAAGAAUUAUUCGAAUUGGGGAAGAAGUUAAAAUUUGAGCAUGCCGUUCAUUCCUUUAUUUUGGAUGUCGAUGACGGGAUAAUUAACCAGCAUUUCAACGAGGCAGAACUAGAUGAAAUUGAUUACGCCCCUGGCCCACAGGUACCCGAGCUCUCAGAAGAAAUCACUGGAUUUCUAAACAAAUUCGUCGACAAGGUAAUACUUCAUUUAUAUGUUACUGACAAAGAUAUAUGUACCGCGACAAUUUAUCAAUCUCUUUUCCUGUUGUAG